UCUUCUCGUUGUAUUGCACUUCUCCCUACAAGCUCCGCUCUCAUGUCAUAGAUCCGGUGUAUAAAGGGGCCCCCAGGCUGAGCGCACAGAUUUCGCCUCCUUCAACUGAAGGAGCUGCUGAACCUGAGGGGGCAGAGGGGGGAGAAGACUGGAGCUUGGAGUGUCUCCAAAUGACCCACUCUGAAGACUUAUCAGAUCAUUUAUUUCCAUCACCUUGGAGGGAGACAUUCAACAUCUCCAGAACUGGUGUGUGUGAAGAUCAACCGCUGUCCAUGAUGGACUUUGGAGACAGUUUGGUGGAAGGUGAUGAAGCUGAACAAGACUUUAGAGAACUGUCUAUGGAGCUUACAGAAACCGAUGAGUUUUGUUUAAAAGAAUCUAUUCCUGAGCAAACGUCAGUCCAACAAAGAGCCAGGAGGCACGAGGACCAAGUGUCUCAUCGACUUUAUAAAUUCCUGUAUGGAGAAAAUGCUGAGGCAGCARUUUUAUGCAGUGAAGGUGUGUCCACAUUACCUGUGUGCUCACCCUCUGAUGACAUCAUUCAGAUGGUCAGGAGAGGUGGGCUUCAGGAAGAUGUCCCUGAUCAUGCCCAGACCUUAAGUUCAGAUGAUCCUGAACCCCUUCAUGACACUAAUCCAACCAUAAAUGUAGAUUCAGCUGAUUAUUUUGAUGCCAACUKUAAAAAUCCACUUUUAUUGGUUCAAAAGGAUGAAAUAAUUACCUCAGAUACCUUUUCUACCAAACAUAAAGCWGUUGAAUUUGAAGCAGUAUUAGAGGGUUUGACUUGUGCUGAUACGGUAACAUUACUGACAGAGAGCAGAGCCUCCUCUCCUGAGUCUGUGUCAUCAAUGAAUGAGCUGAAUUUUCUUGCACCUGAUUCUCCAGUACCACAGUUUAGGCCAUUGUCCCCCCUCCCUCCACCUGUUCUUCCAUGGGAACCUGAACACGAGGGGCCGGAAACUCAGACCCAGCAGCUCCUGAGAGCUCCAGGGGGGAGUACUUUUCCAUGUGCAUCAGAAGCAGAAGAAAGGCCUUUAACACCAAUGGUUUCAAACAGAAGACCCUUUGGCAGGCCCGUAUCACCAGGCAGUGACUGCUGUGAUGAGGGGUCCAUUUCACCUCAGUCCUUCAGUUUGGACCUAGAAGACAGAGCCUCGUCRCCUGAGUCUGUUAUUUUAGAAACACUGAGUUGGUUUUAUACAACUGAUCCGUGUGUCGCUCCUGGUUUUGACGAGAUCAGGACAUCGUCUCCUGAAUCCACAAAGUCCAUCACCCCAUUCUGUCAGCUUCCGCCUGACUCACCGGUCCAAGAUUUUAGAAGGUUUGCUCCUGACCCUGUCACCUGUGGGUUCAGACCAUCCUCACCUGAGUCUGCCUGUUCUGAUUUAGAUUAUGGCUCUCUGACUCCCUCAUUGUUUAAUCAUGAAAACAGAGCUCUCUCACCUUCUUCUGUUCCAUCAGGGGAUGAAUCUGAUUUGGUUUUAUCUGUUAGGAGAUAUUCAGCUAGCUCCACAGAAUCUGUUCGAUUUACAAAGGUAGCAUUGGAUUCUGGUGAUGACAGAGAAACAUCAAAAAAA